AAGUGCAGAAAUUCGAGAUUUACAUCCCAAAAAACCCAUUUUUUUCCCCCGUCAAGAAUGCAAAAGAGUAAUCACAGCAGCCACCAAUCCGCCAAGAAGGUGGUGUUACCGAAGCGGAUAAUCCUAGUCCGACACGGUGAGUCGGAAGGCAACUUAGACACCUCAGCCUACUCGAAAACCCCCGACUACAAGAUCUCCUUAACCGAAGAAGGUCGUGCCCAAGCCAGCCUUGCCGGUUCGCACCUCCAGGACCUCAUUUCCGGUGAUGGGUCUCGCCCCGAUUGGCGGGUGUACUUCUACGUUUCCCCUUACGAGCGCACCCGAUCCACACUGCGGGAGAUCGGGAAGUCGUUUUCGAAGAAAAGGGUGAUUGGGGUGAGGGAAGAGUGCAGGAUUCGAGAACAGGACUUUGGGAAUUUUCAGGUUGAGGAAAGGAUGAAAGUAAUAAAGGAGACGAGGGAAAAGUUCGGGAGGUUCUUUUAUAGGUUCCCUGAAGGUGAAUCUGCCGCUGAUGUUUUUGAUCGUGUUUCAAGUUUUCUUGAAUCUCUCUGGAGAGACAUAGACUUGAAUAGGCUUCACAAAGAUCCAUGUCAAGACUUGAAUCUCAUAAUAAUCUCGCACGGUCUAACAUCACGGGUGUUUCUAAUGAAGUGGUUCAAAUGGACGGUCGAGCAAUUCGAGCGCUUAAAUAAUCCCGGGAAUUGUGAGUGUCGAGUUAUGGAGUUGGGACAGAGCGGAGACUAUAGCUUAGCUAUUAAUCAUACAGAUGAAGAGAUGCUGGAAUGGGGACUCUCCCCGGAUAUGAUACAAGACCAAAAAUGGCGAAUCACCGGCGAAAAGGCUGAUUGGAAUAAUCAUUGUACCUGGUAUCUUAAGUCGUUUUUCGACGAAUUAGACUCCGAAGAUGAUGUUGAAAGUAAUUGAUAUUUAAUAAAAAAGGUGUAGAUACUAAUUCUUUGAAUGCAAAACUUGUAUUUCAUAAUACCCCAUGGGAAUGUUCA